AUGUCGAUAUACGACGAGCCUAACUACAAACUGGCUAAAAGUCUUUCUAUUGUGACAGGCCGCUGGCCGUAUCAGACUUACGGCCAGAGUUUUAUUCUAGUCGCUAUAAUAUGGACUGCUUUUACUUUGCAAGCGAACGCCUUUCAGACCCUAGCUAUUAUCUUGCAUUUUCACGAUCGAGAAAUCCUGCUAGAAGCCAUGGCGCCCUAUAUAAUAGACAUCAUGUUUGUUGCUAAAUAUAUGAACGCAAGUUACAGUGCAAAAUUGAUGAAAAUUUGUUUUGAUAAAAUAAAAAUGGAUUGGACUUUGCUCCAUAAUGAUGAAGAAAAACGAAUUUUGACUCAUCAUGCUAAUAUUGGAAGACUUAUAUCAACUGGAUAUUCAGCCUUUGCUGCUGUAACGACGGCCAUCUUCAUCGCGGAGCCAAUAAUUCCGCGGAUCGUUAAUGAAAUAACAAAAUCAAAUGCUACAUAUCCGCUAAGAUUCGCCCUUCCAGUGGAGUACGUAAUCUUCGAAAAAGAAAACUACUAUUGGCUGAUGUUUACAAUUACCAACUUAUUCGCCAUUAACAUGAUAAUUGUGAUAAUUAUGUGCGACGUUGUUUUCAUCACCUGCGUGCAACACGUCUGUGGACUAUUCGCAGUUGUAGGAUUUCAAAUAGAAAGCACACCAUUGGAAAAAGUUGUAAAAGAAGAAGCGAAAGGAAAAAUUUCCUCAGAUGCUUCUUACAAGCACUUGGUUUCAUGCAUCAGGAGCCACAGGAGAGCUCUCGAAUUUGCUGAUCUUCUUGAAGAUACUUUUUCUAAGAGCUUCGGUGUGGUUGUUGCAUUGAACUUGCCGAUGAUGAGCGUCACUGCAAUGCAGAUCAUUACGCAGUCGAAUACUGUACAGCAAAUUUUGAAAUACCUGUCUUUUGCUUUUGCCCAAAUGCUCCAUCUGUACUUUGAUUGCUUCAUGUCACAAAAUUUGACGGAUAAAAGUGUCAGAAUUCAAAAAUGCAUAGCUAAUGUGAAAUAUUAUGACCUCUCAAUCGAAUCACAAAAAUUGCUGAUUUUAAUGACAAUGAGGAGCCAAAUUCCUUGUAAAGUAACUGCUGCUAAAAUAAUGGAGCUGUCUAUCGAAAAUUUUGGAAAUGUGAAAACUAGCGGGUCUUAUUUCACAAUGCUUAUGUCAAUG